UACUGUCAAACUCCUUAUAAUAAAAUAUAUUGCACUCCAACGACACUAUCUUUUAAUAAAUUAAGCUUGGCUCUAAACUGCUUUUGUUUAUUGAAAUUCCAUUUCAUUAAAGUCUAGUAUAGUGUGUCAAAUGUAUAGUGGAAGCGAUUCGUACAGUAAAAUUUCUUAUUUCUAAAAAAUGUAUAUUAUCCUGCAUUAAAAGAAGCUCAAAAUGGAAUCCCAAUCUAUAUACCCUCAUUCUGCUACAUUAUUUGCAGCAAUAUGUGCUUGUUUAUUUAUUGUUGUUGGAAUUUUCGGCAACCUAAUAACAAUGUUUGCUUUAAUGAGAUCGCCGAAGAUAAGAUGUCAUGCAACUACAGCCUUCGUUCUCUCAUUAUGUAUUUCCGACUUGCUUUUCUGUUCUUUUAGUUUGCCAUUGACAGCAGUUCGUUUUUUUAAAGAGAGAUGGACAUUUGGUGAAACUCUUUGCAAAAUAUUUCCAGUAAUUUUUUAUGGCAACGUUGCUGUAUCACUUCUGAGCAUGGUUUGUAUAACAAUAAACAGAUAUAUAUUGAUUGCAUGUCACAAUUUGUAUGCUAAUAUUUACAAAACAAAAUUUAUUGCUAUACAAUUAAUAUUUGUUUGGGCUGUGUCAUUCUUAUUACUUUUACCUGCUGUUUUAGGAAUUUGGGGAGAAAUGGGUUUGGACGAAGUCACAUUUUCUUGCACGAUUUUAAAGAAAAAUGGCAAGUCUAUUAAAAAAACGCUUUUUUUAAUUGGAUUUUUGUUGCCUUGUUUGGUAAUUAUUAUUUCAUAUACAUGUAUUUAUGUUAAAGUGCUAAAACAGAAGAAAAGAAUGACAAAUCAUCGACAAUAUGUUGUAUCCACCAAAGAGAACAUUUUUAACGCAAGAAAAAGCAGAGAAGAUAACAGAUUGACGCUAAUGAUGGUCAUGAUAUUUGUUUGUUUUCUGGUUUGUUUUUUACCACUUAUGCUAGCAAAUGUUGUGGAUGAUGAACGAAAUACAUCUUAUCCGUGGUUACACAUUGUUGCAUCUGUAAUGGCAUGGGCAUCGAGUGUAAUAAAUCCUAUUAUUUACGCUGCUAGCAAUAGAAAUUACAGAAUCGCAUAUAUCAAAGUAUUUUCUAAUUUAAAAUUUUGGGGAGAACCAAUGUCUCCAAUGCCAAGCAAAAGCUUUCAAGCCAGUAAAAACUCCAAGGAUUUUUCCGCCGCAGUUCGAAGCACACCGUUAUUUCAGACAACAAAACUAAAGAAUUUUAAUGAAGGAUGUGAAAAUUAUUCAAUUUAAAAAUGUAUUUCGAUUUAAAUAUAAAUUAUAAAGUUUUUCAACUGUGCCCUAGAACUAGAUAAUACUAUAAAAGUUUACACCAUAUAGUUAUAUAAAGGCUAAACUGAAGCGGUUGAGAGAAUUAAAAACACUUGUGAGGACUUAACUCUCUUACAAAACUUGAAAUUUUCUUCGCGAAAAUUCGAGGAUAAGCACUUUAUAGUUUUACUUAAUUCUUAACAUUAUAUUUUAUAUUUUUAUCGACACUUUUAGGAAAUGAAUUUAGUUUUUACAAGUAAAAAAUAUUUUUUUAUUCGUUGAUAUUUCAUUUUCAUUAAAACUGAAAAAGGAAAAGUAAUAAAUUUUCGUGUUGUAAACGAAAAAAGUAUUUCAAAUAUUUUUAAUUGGUACAGAUAAAAAAAUAAAAAGACGUAUUAUAAGAUAAAAUAUAUUAUUAAAAAAAUUUUAAACUAAUAUUUUCAUUCACUAGCAAAUGAAAUUCCAUAAAUUACACACAAAAAAUAACGUACCAAAAAUAACUUAUUAUUAUAUAUUAUUUAGUACUUUUUGAACCACUGUGUUAAUUUUAAUGCUUCUACUAAUACAUUCUUCUCAGUUUGGUCUUAGGUCAUUGACAAGAUCUAUAUGUUACUAUAUGGUUUACACAUUUAAGUAUGAAGUAAGUUGAGUAAUAGCACCUAAUAAUAGCACAUUAAAAUUUUGGAAUAUACAUAUGGGUAAUUUCGUGUCAAGUGACCCAACUUUAAAAAUCGAUGUCUUCUGAUUUGGAUUAAAUUUUCACCAAGGUUACUACUAUUGGAUAGUAGACCAGCUUUCGUU